UUCGGGUGGGUGACUGGGUGGUUGACUGGGCGGUUGGGUGCCAGGUGAUGUGCUGGCGGGUCAAAGUUGGCCAGGCAACAUUAAGCGCGCCAAGUAUUUUCAUUUUUUCACAUACAGCGUUGAUUCGUGCACUGUGAAAAAUCGGACAAUUUAACAAUUACAUCCAAAGCUGGCAGUUUCUUAAGUUAGAAAAUUUAAAUGGAAAGUUUAUAUUUUGCUUACUUUAUGUUAAAAUGCCACAAUCGAAAUAAGUAAAUUCAAAUGUCUGUGAGCCAACUAGCAAGGUCGCCCGGCAGCGGCCAACGCACGCACUUGGCGGAUGAACAGGAUCCGCAGGAUGUGCGAGAGGCUGCCACAUAAAUUACACUUUAAUUUUGGAGCAUUUUUGGCCACGGCUUAUAAAUCAACCGAGUUCCAGCAAACGCGGCGACGACGACGACAGCUGGUUGGCUCUCUCCGCCGGAUUCCCGCCGGCUGCGGGAGGCUCCUGCUCCUCCGGGCUUUUCCUCGUGGAGGAAAGUACUUGGUCCUUCGGCUGAGGGGCCAGGCCACUCGCAAUAUUGAAAUUUCAAUUUAAUUACAUAGAACGAGGGCCCGACCUCAGGCCCAUGUGCCCGCAAAAUGAGCUGUCGUUGUGGGUCAAAAAGAGUCAGCAGCACCACCCAAAUACGCCAACAAAAACAGCUGGGUGGUGCAGGAGCCCGUUAGAUGUGCUCACUUGAACUGAACUGCUCGGCGGUUUGGCUUAAUUUGUUGAGAUAAUUGUGCCGAAAUUAUAUUAUUAUUAAAUUCGCAUCCGUUAGUCCUUCUUUUUUUCAUGCUUAUUAUGAAAAUUGGAUUUCAAGUGCUGUGUGUGGGUGUGUGUGUGUGCGGGUGAAUUUCGACCUUAGUCGGGGUUUUCUUUCCGUUACGUAAUUGGAUUUUGUGUGAGAUUUGCCAGAGAAAAAAGCAAGCAAAGGAAACGGAAAAGGCCAAAUGUUAUUAGCUGGGGGUCAGGACCGAGUUCAGGAAUCAGUUCCUGAAAUUUUGAUGGCCAAACGAAGGGCAGGGGAUGGCCUGCAGACCCAUUGCAAUCCUAUUUGCGACUCAAGUUCCGCAAAACCAUAGAAUAACUCAACUCAAAAGUUCCUCAGCAGCACUUUGGCUGGCCCUCUUUGGGCCAUUUAUAAAUUUCGCACGCUCGGCGAAUCGCGGAUUUGAUGCUAAAAUGGGCGUGGCAGCCGCAACAACACAAUGCACGCGCUUUACUUAACUUUCGGGGCGGGGCUUUUAAUUAAUUCGCGGGGCAUCAAAAGUGGAAACAGAAGCCAGCAGCGCAAAGAUUCAAAGUCAAGUUGCCAGGCAAAAUCAGCGGAAAAACGCAAAAGCCAGAGAGGAGAAAAGCAAAAAUAAAUGCGUAUGAAUUUACAAAAUAUGAUUAUGAAUAAAGGCCAUUCAUGCAAAAGGCUCAGCGUCGGACGGAACCGCAAAUGUGGGAAAGUUGCCACAUGAAGAGGGUUAAAUUAAAGGCGGCUUGUUUGGUCGGGUGGCGGGGUAGGGGUUAACCACAUGCCGAUCAUUGGGCGUGCAAAAUCAAUUUUAAAGCGCAUUUAAUAAAAGCGCAUUUAUGCGUUUCUGCGGCAAUUAAGUGCUGCAGAGUGCAGCCGACGUUCUGAUGCUGCAUGCCCCCAAUCGGCGCUCGGAAAUCGCUGACUUAGCCCCCCAACGCUUAACCCAUUGAAAACGGCUCAAGGAGCAGAAAUUCAUCGAGGGAAUAACAGUUUACUCUGAUGAGAUAACCAAGAAUUUCUGUGCGGAAAAUACCAAUGGCAAGCUCACAAAAAAAUGGGAAAAGAGUAAUUUGUCAUUGAAAUUAAAUUAUAAGCUCAUUAUUCAGAGAUUGGUUUCUCAACUUUUUAAUUAAUUUAAAUCACUUUUUUCAUUUACUAAAUAUUUUAAAAUUUAAUAUAUAUAAUUUAAAAUAAAACUAAAGAGAGUAUUGUAAAUGCUAUUUGGAGUAGUGAGUUUCUGGUAUAUUAAACUGGAAGGUAAUCAGCGGUUUAUAGCACGUACAUGUCCCAGUUUCCUUCUCAAUUUUAUUGGCGGUCGAUGGGUUAACGUAGCUGCCGCAGUAAUUAAGCUGAUGUGAAAAUCUUUGACUUGGCGCGAACGCAGCGAGCGGGCACUUAAAUGUUCCACCCGCGGGCAGCAGGAAGAGCCGCCGACUUAAUGCCGCAGCACCGCCGAUGACAUCACAACGUCGCUGCACCACGGCUGUGUGGCACCUCCAAAGCACCACCCCCGGGAUCAAUGUCAUCGACUGCAGAGGCGACAGAUUUAUGACAAUCCGAGGGACUUUGGCCCAUCUGGGUCUCAUGCUCACCUGACAGCUGAUGGCCCGUUUCGGAGCACCGAAACUUUGAAAUCAACAUUUCAAUUUGUUGGCGGCUGACGCUCUGGCAAUUUGGUGUGAAAAACUUGUAGCUAUUUUUAAGUCAUCAGCAGAGGCAGCAGAAACAGGAGCUGCAACAACUGGAGUUCCCCGGCAACUUUUAUUGCCCAUGUGCUGGGCAUGUCUUCGUGCCAAUUGCGUCAUGGCAGGCGAAAUGUGUCAAG